AAAGUGAGCACAUCAGAAGACGACUGCGUUAAACUUUGAUCUCUCAAAAACAACAACAAAAAUAAAGCAACUUCAUCACAGUCAGAGAAUUUAGAUGCAGAAAUGAAGAAUUUAAAACUCUCAUUAUCAAAAACACUGAUGAAAAAAAGGCUGUCUGUACUCCCAGAGGACGAGAAGCUUCUCUAACAACCUCGCAGGAAUGGAAAUAAGACUGCUCGGGGUCUUGUCCAGCUUGACAUAAUCUCAGUGGCCAACAUGAAUGGUACACAGCCUCUAAGCAACACCAGCAGCAUUUGGCAGACAGAUGCUUCAAGAGGAAUCCAAAUUGCAGUUACCUCAAUCAUAUUUCUGGUUGGCGUACCUCUGAACGGACUAGUGGUUUGGAUACUUGGAAUCCGGAGAAAUCGUUUCCUGGCACGCAGAGGGAGUACUGAGGAGACACGUGCUGCCAGCAGUUUCCGGAUCUACGUCCUGAAUCUUGCCCUGGCUGACUUGAUCCUGCUCCUUCGGACCCCCCUUAUGUUGGGCUAUGUUAUUCACAAGUUCAGCUGGCCGUUUGGAAGUGCCUUCUGCAACCUGAUUAUGUUCCUGCGAGGCCUGGGGCUGUAUGCCUCUUCUUUCCUCCUCUGUGCUGUGGCCCUGGAGCGCUGCUUGUGUCUACUGAGGCCUGUGUGGGCUAGACUGCGACGGCCCUCCUGGGCUGUUCCUCUGGCCUGUGGCCUCUUGUGGCUUCUAGCUACCAUUCUGUCUGUCCCCUAUCUUCACUUUGCUAAUCUCAUGGAAAGAAAUGGGACAUACCAUUGCCUGGAAAGUGGGAAAUUUAAUUUGGGUUUGUUUGUGACAGAAACAAUAGCAGGUUUUAUGUUACCACUGCUGGUGUUCCUAGGUAGUAAUUUGGCUGUUUUGCUUACCAUUAAGAACGCAGUGCCUCCAACACCCACCUCCUCCACCUCCUCACCUUCAAUGGCCCGCAAGAUGACCAGGAUGUACCAUGUGCUCUUUUUCACCAUGCUCCUCUUCCUCACCUGCUGGGUCCCUUUUUUUGUUUGUCGGUUCUUGCAGGCCCUGGCACAUGAACCCUCUGAUCUGUAUUUAUCAGCACUUAAGGGCAAAUACAUAUCUCUGUUCCUUGUGUACAUAAAGAGUGCUCUUAACCCUGUGCUGUAUGUAUUUGCUGCCAGAGGCCUGGGCCAAGCUAUCAAAGCUUCACUCAUCUCCACGAUUGAACGAUUUUUCUAUGAGGAUUCUCUUGAUAGCAUACGAAGGAAGUCACUCAAGAACUCGCAGAUGUAGCCAUUACGUUUUAUCAGUUCCUAACUUUUUUUGAAUAAUUCACGUUUUUACAAUAAACUAUGUUAUAACGUGAUGAGGGACAUAUUUUUUCUUUGUUUUGGGGUGACAGCGCUAGGCUUCUAUAUCCGUCCCAAGUCCCCCAAUAUGAACAGUGUAAAUACAUUUCAAUCAAGGGGCUGAGGUACUGUAAAGCACUUUAUGCUAAUGUUUUCUACUUGUGUGUAAAAGUAAGAAAUGUAUAUUCAAGUCUGUUUCCUCAUAGAGAAGAAUACUUCCUGUUUUGUAUAUGAUGAAUGUUAUCCAUUUUGCCUAAAUUCUCAACAUAUCUGCAUUUGUUCUUAAAUUUGAUAGAAUUCUCUCCAGUACAAUAUAAUACCAGAGAUAAACACAACCAACAUUAGGUGUUUCUCUUUUUCAGACUUUUUAAGAAUAACUAACAGCAACAUUAUUUCUCAUCUGAAGUUCCUCCAAAUCAUUGUUUGGGGAUCCAGUCUUACAAGUUUUAUCAUUACCAGAAAAACAGUGGUUUUGAUUGGAUUCCCUUUGAUGAGGGAACCUCGGUAUGAAAGGUUUGAUUUACAGAUUCUACAAUUUGUCAGGAGAACAGUUUGUCAAACUGUGCUUGAGGCAGAUUUUUUUCUCUCAACUAUGAGCAAGAUAACUGCCUAUGUUUAGGCAUGCUGGAGGCAGGGUCAUGAUCACAAAAAUGAAUUCAUGAUGCAUCUUGUCCAAAGGUAGGACACACUUGGAAAGAAUAUGAAUUGUGACAUUGUUGUAUUGCCAGUACCUGCCCCAAGGGUAACACUCAUUUCAUGCAUUCUAACAAGAUAACGGAUCAUUAACCCUAUAAGCAAAAUGGCCCUAAAACACCCAUCGAUAGGAAACAGAUUAAAGUCUCUUUAGAAAGCAAGCAGGAAGACAUGAAGCCUUACCAAGUCCUAGAC